UACCAUCGGCACUUUCUAGGCGUUAUGGCUUUUGAAACCUCAACUUUUCCGUUAGAACACCCCCCGUUAUUUUUUCCUGAACCCUACCGGAAACCGUCUUCACCGUCGCGUAACCGAUUCCAUAGUAUCGCACCGACGGAGAAAGCUCAUUCAAAACCACCUACGAUUUUGGUAUAUACGGGUGACAAUAGCGAAUUAUUUGAUCAAAUUCUUAAGUCACUUACCUCUAUGUUGUCGACUGAUACUUAUACAGUAUUUCACUUGUCGCGAGAGGCUUUGCGUAGUCAUCCUUGGAUUAGCCGAGAGACUGCUUGUCUUUUGCUUACUAAUACCGAUUCUUUGGAUGAUGAAGCUUGGGCGCGCUUACAUCAAUAUUUCGAUAACGCAGGCAAAAUACUAUUUGUUUGUCAAAAUGAUUUAUUGGCAAGUUUUUCAAGUAACGAGUUUUCAAGGAAAAGCUCUAAAAUUUUGAAGAUGGCUUUUGGAGAAAAGCAGUCGAUAGCUUUAGGAAAGGAUUUAGAAAAUUUUCUCAAAAAGACGUUUCGAAUGGUGGCAAAGCACAAAGAGGUUGACGAAACUUUUAAACCUAAAGACAUCAGUGGAGAAUGUAAAUAUUCAGUUGCCGUCACGAAGAAAAAAGGUUCUCCGUUACUGCUUUAUUUGGAGAGUGCUUCACAGCAGGCAGGCGCUAUAUUCAGCGAUGUCACCAGCAGUCAGCUCCUAGUAGACGGAGCACGACUUAUUGCAGAUGCUUUUUCACGUCUUUCUAUUCAGAUUGGUGAGACUGUUCCAUUACCACCUUUAACAAGGGGUUUUAUGAUAUGUGAUUAUGAUCGCCUUCCAUGGGAAAUGAAGCAUACCAGUGAAUAUUAUUGUAAUGAUUACCUUGAUCUGAUAACUUUGGUUUUUAUUUCAUGCUCUGUUAAGUAUGCUGUAACGCAUAUUGUGCAGCAGGACGUGGAGUAUGGUGUAGCAGUUUUAAUCAAACAUUAUUUUUACUGGAGCAUGCUUAAUAAGGAGAUGCGGUUCAAUGAGGAAAUUGGCUCUCUCCCUAAAUUUCUUAUAAAACAAUUAGAGAAGCAUGGCGAGCUGCCUGAAGUUAGUGAUAGGUUGAUUCCAAUUGAAGUAAGGACCAGAGACAAAGGUGUACCAGAAUUUGACUCAGAUCUUUAUUUCCGAACUUUAAAAACUGCGAGGAUUGGCAAGGCUGUUGUUUUCGUCCCUGUCUGUAGUUCAACGCAGGAUUUAGCCAAAAGUCUCGCUUUCGCAAUGCCUGAAGAACCUAUUGUCGUUAUAGCUAAACAACAGACAAAGGGCAAAGGUCGGUCCGGUAAUCAGUGGUUAAGUCCUGUUGGUUGCGCUAUGUUUUCAUUUAAUUACGCAAUUCCACAAGAUACUCCCUUAGCCGAUAAUGUCGGGUUUAUCCAACAUAUUCUUUGUGUAGCUUUGGUCGAUGGUGUUUGCUCACUAUACGAUCUUAAGGUUAUUUUAUGGAUUCAUGCUAAUUGUAUUGACUCUUCAAAAACAAAGUGUAUUAUUACUCACCUUACCAGUAUUUUAGGAGCUGGCGUAAACUUAGCAAACAGUAAACCGACAGUAUGUAUUAAUGAUAUGCUGCAAGCAUAUUCAGAUGUAAAGCUUACUAUCGAGGAAUUUAUAGCAAAUGCGUUAAACAAAUUUGAACAUUACGUCGAAGUCUUUCAAAUGCAAGGCCGAGAGGCGUUCCUCAAAUACUAUUACGACGCUUGGCUGCACAGCCGAGAGGAAGUCGAGCUUUCAGAAACUGGAGAAAAAGUUGUGAUUCGAGGACUGGAUGAGCAUGGAUUUUUGGAGGUUAGGAGUCGCCAGAAUGGCAGGGUAAUGAUUCUCCAUCCAGACGGCAAUACCUUCGAUAUGAUGAAAGGUCUAAUAUCAGUGAAGUACUAA